AUGACGAGGCGGAACCCUGCGCUGAUCCGUGAGGGAAGGACAGUAUACCUUCACUCUGGCAUCUUCCUCUUUCACCAGUACAGGAAGUGUUACUGUGAAAUACCCAUCAGAAUGAACCUUUUCUUGUGUCUGCAACUAUCAGCAAUAUUUCUACUUCUUCUUCCUGAUGGACAGACUUGUGUGGAAAUUGUUGGGGGAAGAGAGGCAAAACCUCAUUCACGACCUUACAUGGUAUAUAUAAAACAGGGAAAACGCUUCUGUGGAGGAAUGCUGGUUAAACCUGACUGGGUCUUAACUGCAGCACACUCUUUAGCUCAGCUUUUACCUGAGGACCUGCUGGGAGGUGGAGAGCAUUCCAACAGAAUUUACAUGGGGUUAUCUGAGAAAGCAGAAAUGACAUAUGCUGUGAAAGCUCUGCCAUUACCUAAAAGCUGUGAUGAGCCAGUUAAAGAAACCAUUUGUGAAGUCGCUGGAUGGGGUAUCACAGAUGACGAAAAACCAUCAGAUAAACUCAAGGAGGCAAAUGUUACCAUAAUGGACAGAACAGCCUGCAACGAGUAUUGGCACAUGAAAAUAACUGAAAAUAUGAUUUGUACUAGUGAAGAAGGCAACACAGAAACGUGUGCGGGAGACUCUGGUGGACCUCUGAUCUGCAACGGAGUGCUGAGGGGUAUCGUAUCUUUUGGCGAAUUAGAUUGUGGUGCUCCUGGAAAUGUGGCGGUCUAUACUAACUUAAAUAACAAGAUCAUUUGCUGGAUAUAUAAACAACUGAGUGGCUUGCCUUAAAGAA